CUUUGACUGCGGCUGGGCAAUUGUUCACUUCGCCCUCGCCGGAGAGAAAUUCUCCCCCACGCUCAUCUGAUCAAUCGAAGAAAAUUUCUCCUUAAUUCCUUUGGUCACCCGGGAACGUCUAAAUGAACAUGAAUGGAAGCGAUGAAGCUGAUGCAACAUCUGACUGCGGCUGGGCAAUUGUUCACAUUCCCAAUAAACUUCCUGUUCUGCCUCACCUACAACCCACCGUUAAAGUCUACGCUGCUGAAGUUGAACCUAAAGAUGCUAAUGCUUUAGUAAGGAAGUUGAAUAACAUCUGUCCAAUGGAAAAUAUGCGGCAUGUAAAGCGCAUACGCAAGAAGUGCCUUGAUGGAGGAAAACCUCAGUUAUCAUUGAUUUUGUCAGUGUUAAUGGAAGGUGAUAGUGACAUGCCGAGUGAUGUGCUGGAGCUUGUCAAAGCAUACCAGUUGAGUACUUUCAUAGCAAAAGUCUGCAAGUAUGCCGCAUCAACGAAAGAAGAAUGGGAAGAACAAUGUAAGCUGUGGCCGACUUCCUUCCAUCCACCAACAUACAACAUAAGUGGAAUAACAGGGUUCAAUGAAGCGGAAUCACAGUUAGUUUUCAGUUUCAUGCAAUUGGCUUGUAAUAAUGCAAAAUCCGACUAUGGCCUGAUGACAAAUGCUGCCAUAAUUGUGGACCCUUCAACCAACAAGGUGAUUGCAAGUGCCUGUGAUGAAGUGAUAUCUUUGAAUGGGUCCAGAAAUGAGGUCAAGGAGGGUAUAAGCUGCUCUAGACAACCAGAAGCCUCCCCUCACUAUAAAGCAACUGAUAUGGCUGACCAACCAAAGUUUCCUGCAGAUGAUUCCUCAGAAAAGGCUUUGUCAUCAUUAAAUGAUAAUAAUGUUUCAUGUUUGCAUCCCUGGAAGUGGGUGGAUCACCAAUUUCGUCCCAGCCUCAGUUCUUGGCAUCCUUUACGGCAUGCGGCUAUUGUUGCUAUUGACCAGUCUUCUGCAAGGGAUAGGCGGCUUUUUCCUACCACAGUAAACAAUUUUCUUCAGGAGGAUUGCUUGCUUUCUCCUCUUGUUGGUUGUCCAUUAAAAAAACAAAGAAUCAAUCCAACAGAUGUGAACGGUUUGGAUGACCUGCAAACUGUAAACCCUUCUGAAUCAAGCAGACCCUAUUUAUGUACAGGCUAUGACAUCUACCUUGUUUGGGAACCAUGUAUAAUGUGUGCAAUGGCCCUUGUCCAUCAAAGAGUUAGGCGUAUAUUUUAUGCUUUCCCAAAUCACAAUGCUGGUGCACUGGGAAGUGUUCACAGGUUACAAGGAGAAAGAAGCUUGAAUCACCACUAUGCCGUUUUCAGGGUUUUGUUCCCGAAAGAUAUUUUAGAUUCAGAAACUACUUGAAAUUAUGAAAAACCCAUGUCCAUAUAGCAAUUUUGACUCUGAUGGUCCUGAUCAUUAUUAUUGUGAUGAAAAAAAAUAGUAUGUAUGUGAUUCAUAAUCUUGAGAUUUGUAAUUAUCCUCCAUCCAUAAAGUAGUUAACUUUAUGUAAUGGUUUGUGUGUAUUGUACUUUGAAAAUUUCGUAUUCUUAGUCUUUCUAUUA